GAGCCGGAAGACGCCGCGUGUGGACGGAAUCGGGCACCGACUGCGGCCGGCCGGCUGCCCUGCACCGGGAGGCAGGUUAAAUUGAUUACCAGCCUAGUUCAGCAUUUUACCAGAAGAACAUAUUCCUAAGGGAAUAUGAGCAAAACAGGAAGAUAUCAUUGACUGAAAUUAUAUUUGAACCUGUCCCCUGAACAACGACAGGAUUUUGGAAGCUGAAUCAAUGUUAUCAGAUGAAUUAGAAUCCAAACCAGAGCUCCUGGUUCAGUUUGUUCAGAAUACCUCCAUCCCGUUGGGACAGGGCCUAGUAGAAUCAGAGGCUAAAGACAUUACUUGCUUAUCCCUCCUUCCAGUGACCGAGGCUUCAGAAUGCAGUCGGCUAAUGUUACCAGAUGAUACUUCAAACCAUACUAACUCCUCCAAAGAGGUCCCUUCCUCAGCUGUUUUGAGAAGCCUUCAGGUGAAUGUGGGCCCAGACGGAGAGGAGACAAGGGCUCAGGCUGUACAGAAGUCCCCAGAGUUUUUGUCUACUCCAGAAUCUCCUAGCUUGUUACAAGAUCUACAGCCAAGUGACAGCACUUCUUUUAUUCUUCUUAAUCUGACGCGAGCAGGUCUGGGAUCUUCAGCUGAGCACUUAGUCUUUGUACAGGAUGAGACAGAGGAUUCGGGGAAUGAUUUCCUCUCCAGUGAGAGCACAGACAGUAGCAUUCCAUGGUUCCUCCGUGUUCAGGAGUUGGCCCAUGACAGUUUAAUUGCUGCUACUCGUGCACAACUGGCAAAGAAUGCAAAGACCAACAGCAAUGGAGAAAAUGUUCACCUUGGUUCUGGUGAUGGGCAACCCAAAGAUCCUGGGCCCCUUCCUCAAGUGGAAAAAAAGCUCAAGUGCACAGUUGAGGGCUGUGACCGGACAUUUGUAUGGCCAGCUCACUUCAAGUACCACCUCAAAACUCAUCGAAAUGACCGCUCCUUCAUCUGCCCUGCAGAAGGUUGUGGGAAAAGCUUCUAUGUGUUGCAGAGGCUGAAGGUGCACAUGAGAACACACAAUGGGGAAAAGCCUUUUAUGUGCCCUGAGUCCAAUUGUGGUAAGCAGUUCACUACAGCUGGAAACUUAAAGAACCAUCGGCGCACCCACACAGGAGAGAAACCUUUCCUUUGUGAAGCCCAAGGAUGUGGCCGUUCCUUUGCCGAGUAUUCUAGCCUCCGAAAACAUCUGGUUGUUCAUUCAGGAGAGAAACCUCAUCAGUGCCAAGUCUGUGGGAAGACCUUUUCACAGAGCGGGAGCAGAAAUGUGCAUAUGAGAAAGCAUCACUUGCAGUUGGGAGCAGCAGGGAGUCAAGAACAGGAGCAAACUGCUGAGCCACUCCUGGGCAGUAGUUUGCUUGAAGAGGCUUCAGUACCCAGUAAAAACCUGGUGUCUAUGAAUUCCCAGUCCAGCCUUGGAGGAGAGUCCUUGAAUCUACCUAAUACAAAUUCUAUCCUGGGAGUUGAUGAUGAGGUUCUUGCUGAAGGGUCUCCACGUCCCCUGUCUUCAGUGCCUGAUGUGACACAUCAUUUGGUGACCAUGCAGUCAGGGAGACAGUCAUAUGAGGUCUCUGUCUUAACUGCAGUUAAUCCACAAGAGAGAGAGAAGAGAGACAGAGAAUGGAUGCUCCAGGGUCUCCCACUGCUUUAUUAAACCAAGGGGAAUUAACUGAAAGACGGACAUGAGUAUGGAUGCUGACUCCUGGAGGAGCAGCUCUGUCUGAUCCCAGGUGCAUGGUGGGACUAGGAUCCAAAAGGUUCACAACCCACUGGAAGCCAAGAGCCUGCCUUUGCCUCAGUUCAUCUUUCCUACAGAGGAGCUUCUCAACCACCAUCUGAUCUGCUCAAGGAGCAAUGAGUACCUGUGGGCUGAGUACACGUAGCUGCCUCUCUUCUCAGUGCAAAUUUGGGUAGACUUCUCCCAAAAGUAAAGUUGAUUAUGUAUUGGAUGAAGUUUUUCAUUACAGCUGUUGAGGAAAGACUUUCCUUUGAAGAGUUUUCAUCCCAAACCCAGCUAUCUUUUCACAUGGUUGGGUGGUGUCUCACCACCAACCACAGAACUUCACCACAAAGCUGACUUUUCAAGAUGCCUUGUUGCUUUGAAGAAGGGAGUGAUGUCAUUUAUGUCAUGGCAUUCUCCCUGUAGCAACCUGAGUAAGAGACUCUCAGCCACUUGGCUGCAAAAAAUAAAUUACUUGAAUCUCUCCCUUGGCCCAGGCUGUACACCUCUACUUUGCUUUCUUGGUUUAUGGGAGUUAUAGAAGCAUGUUGAGAGGGGUUGUUUGUUGUUUUUUAAGUUAAAAAUCACAUGAUCUAGCACUUCAGUUUUCCCUUUAAAUAAACAAAGCAACCCAGUCA